AUGCUUUUGAUUGAUGUCCCUGUACCUGUAACAUCUCCGUGGCUCAUCACUGAAUACUGCACCCCUGGCCAUCUGGACACUCAGCUGGAGUGGAGGAUUUUUCAGAUUCUAGAUGCAGCAAGUAAGGAUAGAUGGGGUUCUUCAAACUUCAACUCAGGUGCCAACUCUCCAUCCUCCACAAAGCCCCGGAGCACAACGAAGAGUGGGAAGAACUUCCAUUAUAUCACCAUCCUCAGAGACCCAGUGUCUCGGUACCUGAGCGAAUGGAGACAUGUCCAGAGGGGAGCAACAUGGAAAGCAUCCCUGCACGUCUGUGAUGGAAGGCCCCCGACCUCUGAGGAACUGCCCAGCUGCUACACCGGUGAUGACUGGUCUGGAUGCCCUCUCAAAGAGUUCAUGGACUGCCCCUAUAAUCUGGCCAACAACCGCCAAGUCCGCAUGCUGUCUGACCUGACUCUAGUGGGCUGCUACAACCUCUCUGUCAUGCCUGAAAAGCAAAGAAACAAAGUCCUUCUGGAAAGUGCCAAAUCCAAUCUGAAGCACAUGGCAUUCUUUGGCCUCACUGAGUUUCAGCGCAAGACCCAGUACCUGUUUGAGAAGACCUUCAACAUGAACUUUAUUUCGCCGUUUACCCAGUAUAAUACCACUAGGGCCUCUAGUGUUGAGAUCAAUGAGGAAAUCCAAAAGCGUAUUGAGGGACUGAAUUUUCUGGAUAUGGAGCUGUACAGCUAUGCUAAAGACCUCUUUCUGCAAAGGUAUCAGUUCAUGAGGCAGAAAGAGCAUCAGGAUGCCAGGCGGAAGCGUCAGGAGCAACGGAAAUUUCUGAAGGGAAGGUUCCUUCAGACCCAUUUCCAGAGUCAGAGUCAGAGUCAGAGUCAGGGUCAGAGCCAGGGUCAGAGCCAGGGUCAGAGCCAGGGUCCAGGUCAGAAUCUGAGUCAGAAUCCAAAUCCCAACCCAAAUCAGAACCUGACUCAGAAUCUGAGUCAGAAUCUGACUCAGAGUUCAAAUCCCAAUUUGACCCAAAGGGAGAACCACGGAAGUCAGAAGCAGGGCUCAGGCCAGGAGCAGAGUGAUAGCAGCACCAGCAAUGGCACCAAUGACUACAUAGGGAGCGUAGAGACAUGGCGCUAACUGGCUCUCAAUGGCUUGUGCACACUGCUUCUCAAAGCAUCACCAAAAAGAUGGCGUGUAUCUUACAAGAUGAAAAUGUCCAAACACAUCCUGCUUCCUUCAUUUUGGAAGUUCAAAAGAAAAGUGUAGACGUUGCCUUUACAGUUGCCUUUUGAUUCAGUGUUCUACUGUGUGUGGGUAAAACAAAUCUCAGUGUGUAAUUAAAUUGUCUGCUUUGGGAUGAACUACUUCUGAAAUCCAAGAGCCAAACCAGACUCACCAGAAAUUGCAGUUUAGAUAUUUUAAGAAGUUCUUAAAUUAGGUAUGGGAGACACAAAGAAAACAUGAAAUGUGGCCGUUUAAACUUAUGGCUAAGAAACAGACUUUAAAUGAUUCCGGAUACCUGUUAAAACCCAAUCUUGAAAGCACCUCCUCCCCGCAGGGGAAGUAUAAGUAAAAAACAUGAACAGACUAAAGACACUAAAACUAUUCAUUUCCUUGUUUUAACAAGGAGCCUAUUUAAACAGAAAAACAACUGAUGAUAAAUUUUGCCAAAUUGUAGAAAGUAAACAAUUUCUCACUUAAAUGUAGGUGGGUUUAUGUAAAAAUAAUGGCUUUUCAAAUAGAUCGGGAUUCGUGUCUUGUAAUUUAACAGAUGUUUAAAAUUUAGAAUUUUUCUACCUUCUGCUGAUUAAAAGGUUUUAAACAGGGUAUAUCUCAUAUUAACAAAGCAUUUUUUUCCAAAUGGAAAGAUCCAGUUUCCAGAUGGUUUCUGGGCACUGUAAUUUCAACAAUUUCGAUCUUUUUGGCGCUGCUUCUCAUUCACUUUAAGGCUUCUCCAAGUUGUGCUCAUUCCAAAGGAAUCCAUGUAUAGAAUUCUUCUUCAUCAUCUAAACAGCGUGUUGCUAAAUCUCUUGUGGUAUUUAAUCCUGGACUAAAGUCAGGACUUUCUAUAGAAUUGUCUUAUCAAUGUCUGUGUAGUAAGGUCCUUAAGAAGAACUCUCAAACAGGAUAAUGUGUCUCUUAAUAUUGCUGAAGUUAUUACUCUUCAUCAGAUUGAACUGAACCUGAAUGUGAACUGUUAAUUACUUUGUUUAUUGUAAUGUUUCCAGUUUGGCUGGCUAUUUCUGGCCUAUGGUUCUUUUCUUGUAUUGACAGAUUUGUACACAAUAAUAAGAGCAAAAAAUUUUCUCAAAGACAACGGUAAACUAAUCAUUGAGAUAGCCAGAGUUACUCAAUAACACCAAAAGCUGCCUCUUGAUAGUUGAGCUUGACACUUCUACCAAGUUUUUGUUUAUGAACGAUCAAAAAUGAAGACUGCUCGGCAGCAAAGCUAGUCAGGGACACACGAGUUGAAGGUAAUAGUUUGGUAGUAUACAUCUGUGAAUAGUAUUCUGAUGACUUCAAUUACAAAUUGAACAAAGGAAAAAUUAUAUACACACUGUGUUGUUAAAUAUCAUACUGCUUGGCAGUUUACACCUCAUGGUUGUUGCUACACUUCUAUAAGAACUUACAUUAAUCCCUUGACUUUCAGCCAAACAAGGUGACUAGAAGUGAUAUUCAUGCUUUUAAGAAGGACAUACUUAGAAGUAUGAUCAUAAAGUCAUACCUAUCAUAGUCUGCCCAAGUGCAUGACCUGGUUUCAUCUGUAAUAAUAUGGCCACAAGUUGGACACGAAGUUGAGUAUCUGGCUCUAAAGGGAUUUUCUUGACUCUGAGCUCUGUGACAAUAUUUACAGCUUUUUGUGGUGUUGCAGUGUUGAGAAUGAUGAUACCUAAAAAAACACAAAAAAUAAAAAAAUUAAAAAAAAACUAGGAAAAAACAAAAACAAAAAAAACUGGGAGGAAUUUUUAAAAGCACAUCUUGAAGUCAAAGUAUUUUAGAAUGAACUUUUUUGGUGUACAUUGUGUUCUUGAAAUAUUCUGUAGAUCACUAUGGUAUUUCAGUAAUUUUAGUUUUAAUUGAAAAUGAUUGCUCUUAAAACUGACAGUGUUGGAAAGCAGGACGAAGUCUGAGCCAGUGGAAAAGCUCAUUACGGAAAAAAAAAAAGUGUUAUUGCUGUGGUGUGCAUGGUUUGCAGAGAUUAAGUGCAUCUUCUCUGUCUCUACUGAUUACUGUAUAUAGAGAAUGUUAUAAAUAUACAUUUUUGUCAUCAUCAUGUAAAUCCCACGAUUUCAAACUGUAAACAUCUGUUCAGUGGUGUAGCUUUACGAACCGUUCACUGAUUUUGUGUAAUUUAACAAUAGAUGUGAAAUAAAGUUCCAAUUGCA